AUGAAUAUUAAAUUGCAAAUAAUCAUCAAUCAUAACUAUUCCAUAUUAAAUUAUCUUAAGGUAUUCCAAAAUAAACUUUAACUACUUGAUAUAAUAAUUUAGCCUCAACCAAAUUAACUAAAUGCAUUAAAUACCUUUGUUUCUUCUCGAAUUCAAGCAUACUCCUUAUGUGAUUCGUCGAACUUAUUUUAUAUUACUUUCUCAUUUGCUAAACCUUAUCCACACUCUCAACAGCACUUCCCUUAACUAAUCAUAAGGUUAUUAAAUAACAUCCUAGUAAAACCAGUGGAUCUUUUGUAAUCGAAGAAUUAAUUAAUAUAAUAAACUCAUCAAAAAAUCGUUAUAUAUAAUAAGAAAAUAGUCGAUGUAAUUUACAUGGCGUUAAUUUAAAUAAAAAAUGGAUUAAGCCCUAAUUCUAAUCAAAACCAAAAAUUCAUUUCAUUAAAUAAUCAUUAGAAAAAUAUAAAGAAAAAAUUUUAAUAAAGUUUGAUUUACAUGGCCAUUCAACUAAAUAAAACUAUUUUAUUUAUGUAUAUGCCAAUAAUUAAAAUAAAAAUAAUGAAAUUAAGAAUUUAAUAGCUUAAUUUUAUAAUCACUCCAUGUUUAGUCAGAAGUUUUGUUUAUUAGAAACAUAAAAUCAAUAAAAAAAGUACUGCUCGGUAUUAAUACAAAGUAUCAUUUUCAAUUAUUAUUGAAAUAAUACUAUUUGGUUCUUAAGAUUUACAAAUAAAGAAGAAAUUUUUAGUUAAAUUGAAAAACUUUAUAAGGUAAGAAUUAAUGUAUAUAGUUAGAUUAAGAUCAAAAAUUAAAAUAAUUAUUAUUACCUAAACUUGGAACAAUUAAAAUCUAUGA